AUGGAUAGUGAAGAGCCUGAUUAUUCAUCCUUGCCGCUCAAGCAAAGAAUCCUACAUAAGAACUGGAAAUGUAGACUGACAGCGUACGAGGAGAUCCAAAAGUUGAUAGACCAAGAUGAUUCCAAAGAGAUUCAAAUUAUAUCUGAGCCAGAAUUAUUGAGGAAAAUUGUCACAGACUCAAAUGUUGUCGCACAAGAAGCUGGUGUAGCUGCUCUUUGUAAGUUUAUCCAAUUUGUUGACCCUUCGUUGUCUUUGAGGACGCGAGACGUAGUGGUACCCUCAUUGAUAGAAAAAACACUGGCUUCCACAAGAGCUGGUACAAAGUCCAAAUCCAUUGAAGCCCUGGAGCUUUAUGUGGAACUUGAAGAUCCGGAACCCGUUGUAAAUCACAUACUUCCAUUCUUACAGAAUCGUUUACCCAAGCUGGUUGCUGGUUCUGUGGAAGCACUCGUCACGAUAUACCAAGAUUUUGGUGCCGUUACAGUGUCUCCAAAACUGGUGUUUCCUUCAAUUCCCAAGUUGUUUUCACAUGCUGAUAAGAAUGUUAGAGCUCAAGUUUCUAGCUUGUCUUUGGUGUUGUACCAAUGGAUUGGUGACGCGUUCAAAGAUAUUAUAUUUUCCGAGUUGAAGCCUAUACAACAAAAAGAUUUAACAAAAGCUUUCGAAAGUCUAGAAUCGACUAAGCCUGUUCAGAAAAGGUUUCUAAGAUCUCAACAAGCUAACCAAGAAUCUGAGAAUGAUGUAUCUAUGACAGAGCCUGAUAUUGAACCUGUGUCCGAUUCUUCUGCGAAGAUUGAUGCCUAUGAUCUUAUGGAACCACAAAACAUUCUAUCGUUGUUACCUUCCGAUUUGGAUUCUAGGGCAUCAUCCGCUAAAUGGAAAGAUCGUGUUGAAGUACUGGAAGAAGUUCAGAAAGUCGUAGCAGUUCCAAGAAUGGCGUCCGGUGAUUAUACCAGGUUAGUUAGGAUUCUUGGAAAGUCCCUAAAAGACGCUAACGUUCAAGUCGUGCAGCUGACAGCCACUAUCUUAUUUCUGUUGGCAAAGGGGUUGCGAGGUGAAUUUGAACAGUAUCUUUCACUAGUUUUAACUCCACUGUUGGAGAGAACGAAGGAGAAAAAACCCACAGUAUUGGUAUCUCUUUGUGAUGCCUUAAAUGCAUGCUUUGAAUCGAGCUCUUUAUCGGCUGUAAUGGAGGAGACAGUUCUACAGAUGGCAAAUAAGACACCUCAAGUAAAAGUUGAAACUACUAAAUUCUUAAUUCGGUGCUUGAAAAAUUCGAAAACGGCCCCAUCCCCGCAACAUAUUGAUCUGCUUAUACCAGUGGCACUUAAGUUAGUCAAUGACUCACAAGCACCAGUCCGAAAUGCUGGGUUUGAAGUAGUUGGAACAUUGAUGAAAAUUGUAGGACCCCGACCAUUGAACGAAUUUAUGGACAAGAUUGACGAUAGGAAAAGAAAGAAUAUCAUGGAGUUUUGUGAGACGGCUGAAGUUUCCAUAACUGAAACAAAGAAAAAACAAACCACCAUCCCAUCUUCCACUACUAGAGCGACCGAUAGAAGGCCAAAGCCGUCGUUGGGUCCAACAACAAAAUGUUCUCCAGUUCCAAGCAAACGGGGACCCUCAUCCCCAUUGAAGCGUGCUCCAAGUUCCAAACAAAGCCCCCCCUCUAGGAGGGCUAUUCCGAGUGUUGCUUCUAGAACCAACGGCCUUACAAAUCGUUCUUUGACAACUGCCCGUUCUAUAUCUCGCGUACCAGAUACGAAUGUUAGUUCCGCCGAAAGACUGGAACUAGAAAAUUUAAGGAAAGAAAAGAAACAAUGGGAGCAAGAGAAAGAGAAAUAUGAAUGGAGGCAACAAGAGCACCAAACGGAACGUGUGACACUGAUGAAAGAAAUCAAUAACUUACAGGAAAAGACAAAAGAAUUGUUAAAUGAGGAAACUGACAAGACAGUAAUAAUAAAAUCUAAAGACACGCAAAUAGACAGACUUCAACAUGAUUUAGACCUGGCAAGGGAAAGGAUCCGAGACCUUGAAAAUGAGUACAAAACUGAGGGAAAUGGUAGAGUGAAUACAUUUAAAAGCGAUGCAGCAUUGCCAGCAGAUCCUCCAGGACGAUUCAGUCCCACGUUGAGUGAUGGAGUGGAUAGGCUUUCUCUAGACCACGCAAUUUCAGAGCAUAAAGAGAAUUUGUAUGGGACAGAUUACUCAAAGCUGCUGGAUUCUAGUGAUGAAAGCUGGAGAAGAGCCGCUGAGGUAACUUUCCAACUGAAGGCUCGUAUUGAAAAGAUGAAGGCCCGUUCCAAAUACUCUAGGGUGUAA